GCGACAAGGGCUCUUCAAGCGGGUGCGGAUAUCUGUUCUCAAGUGAUCCAAUAAGGCACUUCCCCUUCUGGGCGGAAAAUUGCGGACCAAGUGCAAGUCUCGGUGGACAGCCUUUGGCAUCAACUGUUUUCAGCGCACGAACAAGUGACAGGCGGAAAAGGCGACAUAUAACUUAUGGGCGAGUCAUACUCAGGCGCAGCAGCAAUGAAUCACUUAUCGCACAUCUUUACGAGGAAUAUGCAAGCUGAUCAAACAUUUCAAGCUGGUCAAAAAUUUCAAACUGUGUGGCCAUAGACGGAUCAAGUCACCAAGCAUGCGGGCAAAUAUGCGGGAUGGUUUAAAAUCAACGGCACGAUCAUCAUCAUCAUUAACCAUCCCUACUUUUGUGGUGAAACCCCAAAGAGAAAGCGGCAACAAAAGGAGCAGCGGCAAACAUCGUAUCGACAAACAGUGUCCAUCGCUACCUAUGGUGGCCACAUGGAGCAAGAUACUUCAGCGACAAAAACUGCAACAAUGCAUACGACAAUUCAAUCCGUUCAGAAUCACAAGGUGUAAUGUGACGGCAACACUCAUUACAACUAUUCAAAUCAGUCAACGUCAAGUCAAGGAGAUGAAAACAAUCCUCAUCUAUCUCAGUUUACGACGAGGAGACUUGUGGAAACAGCAGCAUGGCGACAAAAAGACGAGAUUGGCAUUGUCAGCUUUCAAUACUGUAUGGGGACAACAUCGGGCAUUGGACGGCCAUUCGAAUGCGUCUUCAUCAUUUCUAUCAAACGGCACCAAAGCAGAAAGACUGGCGACUUCUCCUAUGGUGGCAAUUGAGCGCAAAAGACAAACAAAAAAUCUACCAAGAAUCAUUGGAGCAAAUGGGUGUGGUAGCAACCAAGCACAGAAGGUUAUUGCGGCAAUGAAGCACGGUGGCAAUGCAACACAUCCUCUGAUAUGGCAAUCAAAACUGGCAACAAAGCAUCUACAAAGCGCCACACAUACGACUUCCCUGGUGAACGGCGUUCUUCAUGAUGGCGCCAUAAUCCAAAUUGCAUUACGGGAAGAAUUGGCGACAAGAUACGAGGAGACAUAUUUAAUGAAAACAUGUCAAACGCUAGGUGGAUGCAAAGCAUUUAGGGGGAAAAGGUGGCGAACAAUCUGUAAAUUUCGCAUGAAAACAACAAGCAAAGUCAUCGGCAUGGGCGGGCAAAGAAUAUCAAGGACAACGAUGCACACGGGACACGGCUAUUGGAUGGAGCAGUAUCAUAUUAUCGUGGCGGUUUCAUUUCUGCUUUAGUGGUGAAGCAGCAAUGGGGACAAAAGAAGGGACGAGAAGCACACCUGUCCAAGUCGCAUCAAGCAAAACACUGCGUCUAAAGGUCACUAUCAACAAGGGUCACAUUAUUGUCAGAGGGACCCGACGGCAUUGCGUAGACGCAAUAAUGGCGGCACUAUCCGUAUCCGACUUUCGAAUUCAUGCUGGCGAGCACACGUUGAAGACACUGAUCGCACAACCGAUAAACGCUACUCGACGAGAGA